AUGGAAGCAAUAGCAAAACACGAUUUUAAUGCUACUGCUGAGGAUGAACUUAGUUUUAGGAAAACACAAGUUCUAAAGGUUUUAAAUAUGGAAGAUGAUAUGAAUUGGUAUAGAGCAGAAUUAGAUAGCAAAGAAGGAUUAAUACCAAGUAAUUAUAUAGAAAUGAAAAAUCACGAUUGGUAUUAUGGAAGAAUUACUAGAGCGGAUGCUGAAAAACUUUUAAUGAACAAACACGAAGGUGCAUUUUUAAUAAGAGUGUCUGAAAGUUCGCCUGGCGAUUUUUCACUGUCUGUAAAGUGUUCUGAUGGUGUACAGCAUUUCAAAGUUUUAAGAGAUGCUCAAGGGAAAUUUUUUUUAUGGGUGGUUAAAUUCAGUUCUUUAAAUGAAUUGGUAGAAUAUCAUAGAACAUCAUCAGUUUCAAGAUCACAACAUGUUAAAUUGAGAGAUAUGGUCCCGGAUGAGUGCCUUGUGCAAGCAGUUUAUGAUUUUACUCCUCAAGAAGCUGGAGAACUUGAUUUUAGAAGAGGAGAUGUUAUAACCGUAACCGACCGUACUGAUCAACAUUGGUGGCAUGGAGAAAUUGGUAGUAGAAAAGGCUUGUUUCCUGCCACAUAUGUCACACCAUAUCAUUCUUAA